AUGGCGCAGGCGGCCUCGGUGGUGUCCCGCCUGGCGCGCACAGCGGGUCGCCAGGCAGCGUCCACCGUGCGCGGCGUCCUGCGCUCGCGCCUGGCGGACAGCUACCCGCAGGAGACGGUGGACGAGAUCUUCGCGUUCGCGCUGAGGAAGCAGACGGGCGUGAGCCUCAAGUACAUGCUGGACUUCGGUGCCAACCCCAUACAGCACCAGAUGAUCCUGUCGGCGCAGUUCCUGCACCGCGAGCUGCCGGUGCGCCUGGCGCGCCGGGUGGCGGAGUUGGAGAACCUGCCCUACGGUCUGUCGUCCAAGCCGCACGUGCUCAAGGUUCGCGACUGGUACAUAGAGUCGUUCUUGGACCUUCGGAAAUUUCCGCCGGUCAGGAACGCGCAGGACGAAUUGAAAUUCACAGAGCUUCUGCAGAUGAUCUACUCUCGGCACACCAAUGUGGUUCCUUUGAUGGCAAAAGGAGUUGCGGAGCUGAGGCACGAGCUAGCCAGCGAAGUGGGCUUGAACGAGCUGCCGGAGAUACAUCAAUUCUUGGAUGGCUUCUACAUGAGCAGAAUAGGAAUACGGUUCCUUAUAGGUCAACAUAUUGAAUUGCAUGCAGAGCCCAUGGAAAAUCACAUUGGCAUGAUCUACACAAAGUGUUCCCCUUGGAAGGUGUCCCAAGAUGCGAUCGACGAUGCCCGUUCCGUUUGCCAAAGAAAAUAUGGCAGUGCACCAGAAGUGGAGAUAUACGGGGAUCCCACGUUUGUGUUUGCCUAUGUCCCUUCGCACAUUCACAGCAUGGUGUUUGAGCUGGUCAAGAAUUCCUUGAGAGCAGUCAACGACCUUUUUGAGGAACAAGGCAAGGAGUCUCCAGCCAUCAGGCUAGUUGUUGCCGAGGGUGCAGAGGAGAUCACCAUCAAGGUAUCUGACGAAGGGGGCGGCAUCCCCAGGAGUGACGUCCCCAGAAUUUUUACCUACCUGUACUCCACCGCAGCCUCCCCCCUCCCCUUCGUUGACGACGAAGGCUCUGAUGGGCCCACGGUGCUGGCCGGCUAUGGUUACGGCUUGCCGUUGAGCAGGUUGUACGCUCGCUACUUUGGAGGGGACCUGCAGGUCAUUUCGAUGGACGGAUAUGGCACGGACGCAUACCUACACCUGAACAGGCUCGGCAACAUGCAGGAACCGCUGCCAUGA